UCUUGGAGAGCAACACAAACGACACAAACGACGUCGAAUCUAGAUUGUUUGGAUUCUUGGGGUCAACACCGUCUGAAUCUCAAAACCAAUCUCAAAACCAUCCUCUCUCUGCGGGUCAUCCAUCCAUUCAUCACCAACGUGAUAGUCCUGAUAGUCCUGAUAGGAGAUAGCAGCCAUCUGUCGGUCGGUCUGUCCAUGGGUUUGCUUCUCUGCCUUUCUUCCUCCCAAAGAACUGGAUCGUGGAUCGUGGAUCCUCCAUUCAUUCAUUCGUUACAUGAUUGAUCAGGUUUGAUCAAUCUUUUCCUUCUUCCGCCCCUCCCUCCAUUUCCAUCAUGGACUCGGACGAGGAUGUCAACUACGAAGGGCACAAUAUCCGUCCGCCUCAACCCGCCUACCGACCGCCCCACGUUCGAACGGGCGGCGGCGGCAGUGGGGGCGGUGGCCAUUCGCGCGGUGGAUUUGCAGCCCCCGAGCGCGAGCGUCACCGGGACCGCCAUGCUCAUCUCACUCAUCCGGCCCCUCGCCGUGAACGGGACCGAGACCAUCGAGCUGAACGGCCCGUCAGUGGAUCUCGCCGGCGGGAGCGCCCGCUGCCCGCGCCCAUUUCGGCGCCCUCGUCGGGUCAGACGGACUUGCGGAGUCGCCUACUCAAUCGCGGUUCGGAUCGCCCCGCUCGCGGUGAUCAUCGGGACCGCCCGUCACGCCGCCCUCCAGCCGGUCAGACGGCCAAAUCCAAGUCGCUCAAAAAAUUUCCCCUAGGUGAGAAACGGCGGAAGCGACGCGAUGGGCGUGGUACAGGGCCCAACAGUCCGGAGGCCACGACAGCGGCGGCCACCAUUGAGGUAUCGGACGAAGAUCGGGCAGAGACCAACUCCGACACGGCUUCCGAGCACUCGGGAGCCACGCCCGAGCGCGGCAGCUCCGACGAGACUGAAUCGGGCCAAGAGGCCAGUGCCUCCGUCGACGAGGUGUCGGGUGAGGGCUCGUCGUCGGGGGAGCAGGAAGGAGAAGAAGAGGAAGACGACGAGGACGAGGAAGAGGGCUCCUCUGAUCCGGAGGCAUCCGAGGGAGACGAAGAUGAAGAAGAAGAGGAGGAAGAAGAAGGACAAGUGAAUGAUGACCCUGCCGAGGAGGAGCCCAUUCGAGAACGAAGCAAGCAUGCUAAACGGAAAGAGAGCAAACGCCGACCCCGAAGUCCGAGUCAAAGCCGACGCGUGUCCGUGGAUCCUAAUGCCACGCCCCAACGCUCUCCCACGCCUCUUAGACCCGAAAAUGAGCCACUGGUCCGUGAACGAAUCGCUCACGAUUCGGAUUCGGAUGAAGACAGUCGUCUGGAGGCCGCUCUCCGUGGCGAACUCCGAGAUGAGGAUGACCCCAUCGAGAAGAACGGAACCCCGGGCUCGCAACGAUCCUUUGGCGACGAUAUGUCGAAAGAACGCAAGGAAGAGGAGGCGGCCAACAAAGCUGCCGAAGAUGAGCGCGACAAACUGCCUCCGUAUUUACCCUCGAUCUAUGGUUGUCGAAGCGUCGAGGAAUUCCAGUGCUUGAAUCGAAUCGAGGAAGGCACGUAUGGUGUGGUCUACCGAGCCAAGGAUAAGAAGACCAAAGAGAUCGUGGCCUUAAAGCGGCUGAAAAUGGAACGAGAAAAGGAGGGCUUUCCUAUCACAUCGUUACGCGAAAUCAACACCUUGCUCAUUUCUCAACACCCGAACGUGGUCACGGUCCGCGAGAUUGUGGUGGGAUCCAACAUGGACAAGAUCUACAUAGUGAUGGACUUUGUUGAACACGAUCUCAAGUCGUUGAUGGAGACCAUGCGGAGUAAGAAGCAGGUCUUCCUCCCGGCCGAGGUCAAGUGUCUGAUGACCCAAUUACUCAGUGCCAUCGCCUACUUACACGAUAACUGGAUCCUCCAUCGGGAUUUGAAGACCUCCAAUCUCUUGCUCAGUCACAAUGGGAUCGUGAAGGUGGGCGACUUCGGUUUGGCCCGGGAAUACGGCUCGCCUUUGAAGCCCUACACGUCCAUCGUAGUCACGUUGUGGUAUCGAUCCCCGGAGUUGCUUCUGGGCCAAAAAGAGUACUCGACCUACGUGGAUGUGUGGUCCUUAGGAUGCAUAUUCGGGGAGCUUCUCCACAUGGAGCCCUUGUUUCCGGGCAAAAGUGAUCAGGACCAACUCAAUCGCAUCUUCAAACUCUUGGGAACGCCGUCGGAAAAGAUUUGGACAGGCUACAACAAGUUGCCCGCCGUUCAAAAGGUCAAGUUUGUGGAUUAUCCCAUCAGUCACCUACGGAAUAAGUUCCCAUCGAGUAUGUUAUCGGACGCGGGUCUGGCUCUGAUGAAGAAGCUACUCACCUAUGAUCCCAAGAAAAGGAUCUCUUGUGAAGAGGCACUCAUGGCCGAAUACUUUCAAGAGAGCCCUCGCGCCAUCGAUCCGAGCAUGUUUCCAACUUGGCCGGCCAAAUCUGAGGGCGGAUCGUCGGACAAAACCAAAAAAGUGGCCUCGCCCAAACCUCCCAGUGGCGGAGGAGCGUACAAAAAGAUUAACGAGGAUGAGAUCGAGUCGCGUUCAGCAUCCUUAGCGGUGGAUACGGGCUUCUCCUUGGCCAAUCGUCAACCCACCACGGCUCUGCCUAGUUGGCAACUCCGAUUUUGACGUGAUUAUUGGAGUUUGGGACAAAAAGGCAUUUUCAUUCCUCCGAAAUAUAUUCAUACAUUUGUAAUCCAA